GAGUGUUUUGAGGUUUCAGUCUAUCUUCUUCUCCGCCUACCAAUACCCAAACCAGAACCCUCAUUCAUUUGCUCCCCUAUCUGAUCCCUCGCGCACUAACUCUCCAUUGCCAUGGAGAUGUUUGCUUUCAGCCCCAUCACUGCCGCUACAACAACUGCCCAGCCGCGGGUGCUAUUUUUCUCCCCCUUUUUGCACCCAUCCGCUCCUCUUCUCCGCUCCUCGGCUCGUCUAUGCCGCCGCCGCCGCCGCUACAAGGUCUCGUUGAUCCGCGCCUUGUCAGACCAGCCAUCCGCCUCGGCGGCGAAGCCUGAUGUCUUCGGGGAGAAGAGGGAGCUCACGGGGGUGCAGUCCGUCGUCGAUGCGCUGUCGCCGCCGGUUCGGAUUGUUGGGUCGGCUUUAAUCGUGGCUGCUGCGGCGGCUGCCGGGUAUGGCCUGGGGUCUAGGUUAGGUGGGUCCCGAAAUGCCGCCGUGGGUGGGGCGGUGGUGGUUGGGGCCGCCGCCACCGGGGCGGCCUAUGCGGUGAAUUCCUGUGUGCCGGAAGUGGCGGCGGUGAAUUUACACAAUUAUGUGGUUGGGUGCGGUGAUCCUGGAGCUGUGAAGAAGGAGGAUGUCGAAGCUAUUGCUAACAAAUAUGGUGUUAGCAAACAGAAUGAGGCUUUCAAUGCAGAGAUUUGUGAUAUCUAUUGCCGUUUUGUGUCUUCUGUGCUUCCUCCCGGAGGUGAAGAUCUGAAAGGAGAUGAAGUUGAUGCCAUUAUUAAAUUUAAAAGCUCGUUGGGAAUUGAUGAUCCUGAUGCAGCGGCCAUGCACAUGGAGAUUGGUAGGAGAAUUUUCAGGGAAAGACUUGAAACAGGGGAUCGCGAUGCUGAUAUGGACCAACGCCGGGCAUUUCAGAAGCUAAUAUAUGUAUCGAAUCUUGUGUUCGGUGAAGCAUCUGGCUUCUUGUUACCAUGGAAACGUGUGUUCAAGGUCACUGAUGCUCAGGUGGAGGUUGCUGUCCGGGACAAUGCACAAAGGCUGUAUGCUAUAAAGCUUAAACCAAUUACUGAAGAUAUUACUGUGGAUCAACUGAUCAGCCUUAGAGAAGCGCAACUUCUUUACCGACUUUCUGAUGAGCUUGCUGCAGACAUGUUUAGAGAGCAUACAAGAAAGCUUGUUGAGAAGAAUAUAUCAGCAGCUCUUGGUGUGUUGAAAUCCAGAACUAAAGAAACGCAACAAGUCAUUGCGGAGCUUGACAAGAUUCUUGCUUUUAAUAAUUUGCUGAUUUCAUUUGAGACCCAUCCUGAAGCCAGUCGCUUUGCUAGGGGAGUUGGGCCAGUAUCUUUAAUAGGAGGUGAGUAUGAUGGAGACAGAAAGAUCGAGGACUUGAAGCUUCUGUACAGAGCUUACGUGACAGAUGCUCUGUCUGGAGGUCGAAUGGAGGAAAUCAAGCUUGUUGCACUGAAUCAACUGAGGAAUGUAUUCGGGUUAGGGAGACGUGAAGCAGAGUCUAUUGCACUUGAAGUCACAUCUCAGGCAUACCGUAGACGCCUGCAGCUGGCUGUAUCCACUGGUGAUUUAUUAAGAUCUGACAGUAAAGCGGCCUAUCUUCAACAACUGUGCGAAGAACUGCGGUUUGAUCCUGAGAUGGCUGUGAAGAUUCAUGAAGAUACCUACCGGAGAAAACUUCAGCAACUGGUAGCCGAUAAAGGCGAACUCAGUGAUGCGGAUGUGGAGACUUUGAAACAGGUGCAGAUCAUGUUCUGCAUACCAAAGCAAACAGUCGAAGCAGCUCAUGCUGAUAUCUGUGGUACCUUGUUCGAGAAGAUUGUCAAGGAAGCCAUUGCUUCUGGCGUGGACGGGUAUGAUAUGGAAACCAGGAAAACCGUCAGGAAGGCUGCUUUCGGUUUACGAUUGACCAGGGAAAUUGCUUUGUCUAUUGCUAGUAAAGCAGUCCGCAAAGUUUUCCGCACCUACAUAGAACGCGCCAGAUCUUCUGGCAGCCGCACUGAGUCCGCCAAAGAACUCAGAAAGAUGAUCGUCUACAAUAGCCUGGUCGUCACUGAACUUGUCGCAGAUAUCAAAGGCGAAUCGGUCGAUGCUCCUCCACCAGAAGAGCCAGCUGCUAAGGAAGAGCCGAAAACAGAUGAAGAUUACGAGGAAUGGGAGACAUUGCAGUCGCUCAAGAAAUCCCGACCCAACAAGGAUAUUUCGGGAAGACCAAGCCAGAAGGAGAUAAAUCUCAAAGAUGACCUCCCCGAAAGGGACCGGGCCGAUCUUUACAAGACAUACUUGCUAUACUGCCUAACAGGCGAAGUGACUCGGAUUCCAUUCGGAGUUCAAAUCCCCACGAAGAAGGAUGAUUCCGAGUAUAUUUUGUUGAACCAGCUUGGUGGGAUACUCGGCUUGACUGACAAAGAGAUUGUCGAAGUGCACCGGGGUUUAGCCGAGCAGGCCUUCCGGCAGGAGGCUGAGGUUAUAUUAGCGGACGGGCAGUUGACUAAGAGCAGGAUCGAACAACUGAAUGAGCUGCAGAAAAGCGUCGGCCUGCCUCCGGAGUAUGCACAGAAGAUAAUAAAAAGCAUAACCACUACAAAACUGUCGGCAGCCCUCGAAACUGCAGUCGGUCGGGGAAGGCUGAGCAUAAAGGAAAUUCGGGAACUGAAAGAAAACGGAGUUGAAAUAGACACCAUGAUCUCGGACAGCUUACGGGAGAAUCUCUUCAAGAAGACAAUCGAUGACAUCUUCUCAUCCGGAACUGGAGAGUUUGACGAGGAGGAAGUUUAUGAAAAAAUCCCGAAAGACCUAAACAUCCCUGUCGGCAAGGCUAAAGGAGUCGUGCACGAGCUCGCUCGGACCAGAUUGACAAACUCCCUCAUUCAGGCAGUUGCGCUGCUCCGGCAGAGAAACAAUCAAGGAGUGGUCAAUUCUCUGAACGACUUAUUAGCUUGCGACAAGGCUGUGGCCUCCGAGCCGUUGUCGUGGGAGGUGCCGGAGGAGCUUGCGGAUCUUUUUCUUGUGUACGUGAAGAGUGACGGGGCGACGGAUGAAAAAGUGAAGAGAUUGCAGUAUCUGCUGAACAUUGGCGACGCGAUGGCGGAAGCUUUGCGAGGGGGGCCGAUAGAUGUCGGAGGAGUGUCGAGGGGAUCAUCGGAAUCGUCGACGGAGGAGUUCGUGUUCUGAUCAAGUCGCUGCAUUAGAGAAUAAUGAAUAAUGGUUGAAGGUACCAAUUUUGUGUUCUAAGAACAAGAGAGAAGGAUUAAAGGGAUAUGUAGGAUUGGCUUGAUUAGAUUAGAUUGAGUUUGUGUUCUGAAACAGAAACAGCACAACUUAAAGAAAGUGUUUUUAGUUUGUUUUUC